AUGGAUAUGAGGAUCUACAUAGAACUUGUGUUUGAGGAUAAUACCCAGGUUUUGAAGCAAGAACUUCUGAAGUGGAAUGGAUGGGGAUAUAAUGACUCCAAAUUCAUCUUCAAUAAGAAGGGUCAAGCAGAAUUCACAGGAAAAAGGUACAGAUUAGGUGGUAUGGUAUUACCAACUUUUAAGGAAUGGAUAGAAAAAACCUUUGGAGCAAGUCUGGAGCACAAAACUACCUCUAGAGCAUCCUUAAAUGUUAACGAUGUACCUCCAUCCAUUGUAAAUGAAGAAUUUCUUCAGGAUCUUAGAGCCACUAACAUCUCAUAUUCACAGGAUGCAGAAGAUAGGGUAUUCAGAGCUCAUGGUCACUGCCUACAUGAGAUAUUUGUACUCAGGGAAGGAAUGUUUAAGAGAAUUCCUGAUAUAGUUGUAUGGCCUGUUUGCCAUGAGGACGUAGUUAAAAUUGUGGAAUUAGCCUGCAAACACAAUCUCUGCAUUAUACCAUUUGGUGGAGGGACAAGUGUAUCUAGUGCCCUUGAAUGUCCUGAAGAAGAAAAAAGAACAAUUGUCUCACUGGAUACAUCACAAAUGAAUCGGAUUCUCUGGAUAGAUGAGAAAAACUUAACAGCUUGUGUGGAAGCUGGCAUUGUUGGGCAAGAUCUGGAAAAACAGCUUGCUGAAAGUGGCUUUUGUACAGGCCAUGAACCAGACUCCAUGGAGUUCAGUUCACUAGGAGGAUGGGUAGCAACACGAGCAUCAGGCAUGAAAAAAAACAUCUAUGGAAACAUAGAAGAUCUGGUGAUUCAUAUAAAAAUGGUAACUCCUAGAGGAAUAGUAGAAAAAAACUGCCAAGUACCUCGCAUGUCAACAGGACCUGAUAUCCAUCACUUCAUUAUGGGAUCUGAAGGAACUCUUGGAGUGGUUACUGAAGUUACGAUAAAGAUUCGCCCAGUCCCUGAAUAUCAGAAGUAUGGCUCUGUGGUCUUCCCCAACUUUGAAAGAGGGGUGGCCUGCUUAAGGGAAGUGGCAAAGCAGAGAUGUGCUCCUGCAUCAAUUCGUCUUGUUGACAAUGCACAGUUUCAGUUUGGUCAUGCUCUUAAACCACAAGUUGCUUCCAUUUUUACAUCAUUUUUGGAUGGACUGAAAAAAUUCUACAUCACAAAGUUUAAAGGAUUUGAUCCCAACAUACUGUGUGUUGCUACCUUGCUCUUUGAGGGUGACAGAGAGAAGGUUCUUCAGCAUGAAAAGCAAGUCUAUGAUAUUGCCACCAAGUUUGGUGGCUUGGCAGCAGGAGAAGAUAAUGGACAGAGAGGGUAUAUGCUGACAUUCGUCAUUGCUUACCUUCGGGACCUGGGCCUGGAUUACUAUGUAAUAGGAGAAUCAUUUGAGACAUCUGUUCCUUGGGAUAGGGUUUUGGAUCUUUGUAGGAAUGUGAAGGAAAGGAUAGUAAGAGAAUGCAAAGAAAAGGGUGUUCAGUUUGCUCCUCUUUCCACCUGCAGGGUGACACAGACUUAUGAUGCAGGUGCAUGUGUCUACUUCUACUUUGCUUUUAACUACAGAGGAAUUAGUGAUCCUAUUCAUGUCUAUGAACAAAUUGAGAGGGCUGCUAGAGAAGAAAUACUUGCCAAUGGAGGAAGUCUGUCACAUCACCAUGGAGUAGGCAAAUUGCGGAAGCGCUGGAUGAAGGAGAGCAUCUCUGAUGUUGGCCUGGGAAUGCUGAGAUCUGUUAAAGAAUAUGUGGACCCCAAUAACAUCUUUGGAAACAAAAAUCUUUUAUAAAGCCCUGUGCAACAUGAUGUACUAAAACUUCAAAAUUACUGUUGAAAUUCCUCCACUUUCAUUGUAUUGAUAUCCCAGUAAUCAAAUAUAACAUAGACUAAACUUUAAAAACUAGUAACUUACACAUUGAUUUUUGCCACUCCCUUCCCCCCUCCCCCCAAUAAAGUGUAAACAUCACUGUUAAUGUUUAUGGAUUUUUACUUACAAUGCUCCUAAACUCUUAAACAACCCACUGGGCAUAAAGUGUAUUACCAGCCAGGAAAUGCAAAUUUGGUUUUCCAAGUUUGGUUAGGCAACACAGCUGACAGUAUUUUUCAAUGCUGGAUACUGCCAGAUGUUUCUUACUAAAGCAUCCCCUGCGAGGAGAACAAAGACUGACAACAGUUUUCUACAGAAGCAGCUGCUCGACCCAGCCUCUUGCUAAUGGAAAGCUGCUAUGAGACAGAUGAGAGAACACCAAGAACACCAUUAAGUAUGUAACAGACUUGUAACCAGCAAAUACUUGAAGUAUAAAUGUAGGCUUUGAUCAAAAGAGAAUGUAAGUCAAACUACUAAAAACUCUCUAGUAUCCCACUGUAGUACUAUUAGAAGAUCUUAUGUAAUUGAGCUGUUCCAAGUUGUAUUUGCAUUGCUGGGAUAAUCUUAAAUUAAUUGUAGGUCAGUCACUAUAAGUUUUGUACAAUGGACAUUUCUCACUGUAUGUUGAAAACAGGUUUGUAACAAAACUUUGCGUUUAUCUGUACUUCAGUCCUAGUGUGUAUGGUUUUUGCUCCUGUUUUCUUUGUUUUGCAGAGAUGCAAAACAUCUUUUUCAGUAAAAAAAAAAAUGUUUUGGCUAUUCAAAUGAAACUGCCCAGCACUGUCUUUUGAAACAGUCUCAACAGUUUAAUAAAGUGUUUAAAUGGACAACAUAACUGUCAUCCUGAAAGCGAGAUUUCCCAUUUUAGUUUUGUACAGUUUCCUAUGGCCUCUGUGAAUCAUUUAUUGACUUCACUAGUAGCCACAAUUUUAAUUGUCCCUUGAACUUUAAGAAAAUGAAAUAUUUUCUUGAUCGGUAUCAUAUGAGUAAGAGUUUUUACAUUGAAACUUGAAUCUUAAUCAGUAAAACAAAGUAUUUGUCAAUAUUCAUGAUCCAUUUUUAAGGUGGGUUCUUUUCUUAAAGCAAGUUAUCCAACUUUUUGAUAGUUAAUGUGUAUGAUUGCAUAGGAUAGAAAAAAAAAAAAGACUAUCCUUUGAGGACACUGUCUCUAGCCAACUGCUUCACAGCUCUAGUAUCAGUUUGGACACCUUUUGUAUUGGUAGUUCCCUUACUGAGGAGAAAAAGAUAAAAUUGCUUUUUUGUUUUUAAACUUUUAGAAUACAGUCUAAUGAGCUCUGUUUUGGUAAUAUACCAAAAGUACCAAAUGCUUGGAGAAAUACUGCAUAUCAGACAACUUAAUCUUGAAACAAGUUCAGAUUUCAACUCUAAAAUGGUCAAAAAAACAUGGACACUCAAAGCAUCACUUUAAAAUGCAUGCUGUCAAAGUAGUCAAGGAAAACUUUCUAUCAUCUUCAGGUUAUAAAACAGAAUGUUAAUGUGAUACUUACAAUGCAGCUAUAUUUACUUUGGUUGUUGUUUCACAUAAAAUUUCAACUAAUUGACUAAUUUCAUCUAAUUAGUCAAUUUCAACUAAUCUACUAUUUUGGGUUUUGGCCCCCAGAGUUCAUAUUUUAGCAGCAACCAAAACAAUAGGUAUAGUGUGUCUUUGCACUGUGGUUAAGUGUUCCUUAAGUACACAAUGGUGUCUCGGCAAAGUGAAUGUGUACGUGUUUAUGCAAGGGACUUCCUCAUCUCACGUGCUGCAUGAUGGUGACUACAUGGCUACAGGUGGCAUCUUGCUGAUGACUUGUAUAGAGACCUUUCUAGGAGCUGGUAAUUAUUCAGGGUUCAAUAAAAGUAUAUGUCUAACUAUAUGAAGAAUCUAUUUUGAAGAAAAGUACAUGAAGUUGUUUGCAGAAUGACAGCACAAACAGAACUAAAACAAGUAGUCAUAGUCAGUAAUACCUGUCUCAAGAUUUUGACUUACAGCACAGCUCUAUGACAUCCUUCUCGAUUCAUAAUUUUCUGAUUAUAGUUUCCUCAUGCCUUUUUUGUACUGAAAUUACAGAGGCAAAAACUCCUUAUGCUCUAUUUCUAACCUUUAAAUAGCUACUGGCUUCUGAAGUGAUUUAAAAUGCAGUAAAGAUUUUUACUGCAUGUCCAUUGUCCUAUGGGAAGGUGAAAUAACAGGCUAUAAGGGUCCCAAAGCAAUGUCACUGGAUAGCUCUGAGGAAAAGAUUAACUACAAAUGUAAUGGAUAUUUUUUCUAAUGGCCACCCUAUUGCUGUCUUCCUAAAUACUUUUCUGUCUUAGAAACUGCAGUUGAAAAGCAUGUAUUACUGUCUUUAAUUUCGCAUUUAACUUUCUAAUGAAAAUAAAGCAUAAUGCAAGUUCAGACCUAGAUACAUACAGAUCGUUAUCUAUUCAAAAGAAAUCUUCCCUUCUCUGAUACUAAAGUCUUCCACCACUCUUCCUUCUGUAUUAUUCCUUUCUAAAGACCUCACUUCCCAUAGCUGCAGCCUGUUCAGAAUGGAGUUUGGUCCAUGCACAUCAGAAGCGUAUCUUGGCAUAACACAUUACUUUUUGAUUUGCGUGACUGUUUUGGCCAUAUGUAAGUUACAAGCAGUUUUAAUUAAGUUUGUCAUGACUUCCAAUUACACAGCUUCCGCUCUCUUUGAAGGAAGAAAGGUGCAGACUGAGUAUGGCUUGACUGCAAAAUGUAUUUACAUUAGAGAGACUGCUAUAAAAGUUUUGAGGGGAAGGAAGAAAAUCUGUUAGAAAUUGAUCCAGGGUUUAAAUCGUACAGUCAGAGAAAACGUGUCUCUUCUUGACAUGGCUUAGAGUAUAUUGGUUGAGUUAGAGACAUCUCUUUUGCCUUACAGCUGUGAGUAGAGGCCAGGCCAAAUAGUUCUUCCACAGCAAUGUUAAUUAAUUGAAACCAAUUUGAAAGGCAGGGAUACAUUAGCACUGAAAUCCAGAAAACAUAAAUUGCUUCUCAGUCUUGGAAAUGUAUGUUUAUCGAGGUUGUAAUUUAACUUUCUGCAAAUAAAGCCAAACAGUGUUUGUCAUUUUAGUGUGAGAUUAACUGUAAACUUCAGUUGUAAUGUUAAGAGAUUAUAGAACCUUAUAUUAUUAAUAAAAAGAAAAUGGGCCUAAA